GGUUUGCAUGAAGUGGCAUAUUUAUACAGCACCCAACACCACAUCACUUUAGAGUCUCCACCUUAUUCUUCAUUUCAAUUAUAAAAUUACCAAAUAGUCUCCAUCAAACUCAAACCAUCAUCAUCCAUGGCUGGUUCUCAUUUCCUUACCAUUCUCAAUUCCACUUCAAAAUCCUCCUUGGCUAAGCCUAAUACUACUAGGCCAUUCUUCAACAAUUCCACUAAGAAUUAUGGACAAACAAGCAGUGCUAACCGCGGCCGAUUGACAGAAGAAAGGGCACCAUCAACAGCUGAAGAAUUCGAGAGAGUUGCUGAAGAGAAGAGCAAGAAAACCCAUGAAGGUGGAGCUAGAAAUGAUGGUGAUAAUGGUGGUGCAAAACAUGCCACAAAUGAUGACUCUAAGGUUGAUUCCUCUAAGAAAAGGUAGAUUCUGUGUCACAAAGGUUGCAGCACAUGGGGUUCUUAGGAACAUGCUUUGUCAAUUCUCAGAUAUGUUUCUGUUGUAUAUGAAGCCAGAAUAAGGUUGUCUUGUUUUUCAAUGGCUUCAUUGUAAACAUUUGAAAGCUUCUUAAGUCUUUGUUAUCAAUAAUAUGAUUAUGUUGGUCUA